AUGUCGACCAAGCUCAGCUUCCUCCAUUUCGCACUGGAGCUGCGUCUCCAUAUCUAUCGUGACUACUUCCAACUCGACGGCGGAUAUGUUUACAAUGCGAAAUCCGACAAACUCAAGACGAGUGACGAUCAGCCGAUUGACUUGUCCCUCAUGCUCACCUGCCGUACCAUCGCCAACGAGACCAUGCAUAUGCCCUUGUCCCUCAACGCGGUCACCUUCUCAACACUGUAUCGCGAGGAUUGGCGAAGUCUAGCCGGUUGCUUUAAUGUUGUUGCUACGUACUACCGCCACUUGGAAGGAGACUUGGUCCUUCAUUUAGCGGAGUUCAUGACUCCCGAAAUGUAUGAGCAGUACGCUCUGAAAUAUCCCGAUUUUGCGAACCAGCUUGAAGCGGUAUCGAGAAAUCAUCGACUUGGCUGGCUGCGCGAUAACAACAGACGCGCUAACGAAGCGAUUGCUGCCGAGUCUGGAUCUCCUCAUGCGCAAACAUGGGUCGAGACCGAGAGAUUGUCCGGAAAUCGCUGCUGUGGGUCUCUUGGACGCUUCGUCGAUCAUUACGUGAAUUUGCAUCUUGACCAGCGGCAACAUCACUGGUCUGAUGGCUUCUCAAGGGCUCAUCGCGAACGAGACAGUUAUAGCCAUCCAUCGAAUACCUGGUAUGGUAGUGACUCGGUGGUUCAGGAUGCUCUGUCGUAUUGCUUACGGCUCAUCGCAGACAAGAAACCGGUCCAGUUCGCGGAUCACCUGCGCGAGAUCUUUCCUCACUGGACUGGGCCAGAUAUAGGUAUUGAUGGUAUUUGGGAGUAUCCGGAUAAGUGGCAUUACGAAGGCCCUCCCGCAUCUCCAGACGAGCCAUUUGAACACUCGAGCGACGAGGAUGAUGGCGGCAGUGGUAGCCACAAUGACCAGGACGACGAAGACGAAGGUGGUUCUGAUACUGAUGUAUACGUUCCCUCUGGUUUUCAUUGUCGAGAGAAGAUCCGAUUUUCAGCCACCGCCAAUGCCAUCCGCUUCCUGAACCGCAUUCCCGUAAACGAUCCGCACACCCACGCCCGCGGCCUCGCUCCUUCCGUCCAAGAAAACCCCUCGCUACAAAUUAUCCGUCGCGUCAGCUUACUGGAUUGCAUCAUCGGAAUCUCGCUUAUGCCAUCCCUUCUGAUGCGUAUUUUACAACGUGGUGAGAGAAUAAACCUGGAACCCCAGUGGAUCAGAUGCUCCCUCUCGCGCAACAUUGGCUACUGGAUUAGGGAUGCGCUCGUCGUGAAGGAUGUAGGGAUCCCGGCCAAAUCCUUCACGCUUCUCCUCCAGGCAGGGUCACAUCAGGACUACUGUACAGAACUCCUACAGCGAAUAGUCCAUCGAGAUGUCGCAUGGUAUCGGCUAUACAACCUGAGGCUUGAGGGCGGCACGUUCCAUCAUGACGACUUUAGCAGCUACGCAAUUCCCAGAAGGAUGAUGCGUGACGAAGACGUGGAAGCCAUUGACAAGCUGUUGAACCAGACUUCUGAAGUCUUGUCUACCGACUUCAAUACCGGCAAUUCGUUAGAUGCGCAGGCGUUAGCCAGCCAGACCAAGGACCUCGACGGCUUCGAUUGGUACAGGAAAUGGCAACUAUUGGAUGGCUCCCUCUGGCAAGAAAUUCCCCCAGUGCUGAAAUAUGACAGGCUGGCUGACAUUAUCGAGCUUCGGACUGAUAAUGGCCAACUCGUAGCCAAUCCGCAAUCGACUCAGCGGCUCAAUCGAGACUUUUGA